AUGUCUGCCCCGGCCGCAGCUCUAGCCCCCGCAUCGGGUGGCCAUAGCAAUGCUACUUUCCGAGAUAAGGAGAAGCCCAUGGCGGUGCGCUCCUCCAACAUCGUCGCCGCUCGAGCCGUCGCCGAUGCUAUCAGAACCUCUCUCGGCCCUCGAGGAAUGGACAAGAUGAUUCGAGGUGGGAAGGGCGAGACCAUUAUCACAAACGAUGGAAACACCAUGCUCAAGAGCAUGGCCGUUAUGCACCCUACUGCAAAGAUGCUUGUCAACCUUUCUGGUGCCCAGGAUGUCGAGGCUGGUGAUGGAACAACCUCUGUUGUCGUUAUCUGUGGAAGUCUGCUUGGCGCUGCCGACCGCCUUCUGUCCAAGGGCAUCCAUCCCUCUGCCAUCUCCGAAGCUUUCCAACGAGCUGCCGCCGCCGCUGUCGAGGUUCUUCACGAUAUGUCUCUUCCAAUCAGCCUCAGCGAUACAUCAUCGCUGCUUCAAGCUGCCAACACCUCGUUGUCGUCCAAGAUUGUGUCGCAAUACUCGAACCUCCUGGGCCCCAUGGCGGUGAACUCUGUUACAAAGACCAUCGACCUGAAGACUGCCGACAACGUCGAUCUUAAGAACAUCCGAAUUGUCAAGCGAGUUGGUGGAACGAUCGAGGACAGUGAACUUAUCGAUGGCCUUGUCCUUACUCAGCCCGUGCUCAAGAACGCCGGUGGCCCGGCCCGUAUGGAGAAGGCUCGAAUUGGUUUGAUCCAGUUCCAGCUGAGCCCCCCAAAGCCUGAUAUGGAGAACACCAUUCAGGUCAACGAUUACCGCCAAAUGGAUAAGAUUGUUAAGGAGGAGCGAUUAUACCUACUGAACAUGGCCAAGAAGAUCAAGAAGGCCAAGUGUAACGUCCUUCUUAUCCAGAAGUCUAUCCUACGAGAUGCCGUCAACGAUCUAUCACUACACUUCUUGGCCAAGCUUGGUAUCCUUGCUGUUAAGGAUAUUGAGCGUGACGAGGUUGAGUUCAUUUGCAAGUCUACUGGCUGCAAACCUAUUGCCGAUGUUGACUCCUUCACUGAGGACAAGCUCGGUUACGCCGAUUUGGUUGAGGAGGUUCAGUCUUCGGGAUCGCGAAUGAUCAAGGUCACUGGCACCAAGUCAAGUGGCAAGACUGUCUCCGUGGUUGUACGAGGUGCCAACUCUCUGAUUUUGGAGGAGGCCGAGCGAAGUCUCCACGACGCUCUUUGUGUGGUGCGAUGCUUGGUCAAGAAGAAGGCCCUCAUCGCUGGUGGUGGUGCCCCUGAGAUCGAGAUCGCCGCACAGCUCUCCAAGCAAGCGCGCAGCUUGACUGGUACCGAGGCUAUCUGCUGGAAGGCUUUUGCCGACGCUCUUGAGGUUAUUCCCACCACACUGGCUGAGAACGCCGGAUUGAACAGCAUCAAGGUGGUGACGGAGCUCCGACACCGACACGAGAUGGGUGAGAAGAACGCGGGAGUUAGUAUCAAGUCGGGAGGUGUUAACACCAACAUUUCCAAGGAGAACGUGUUGCAGCCUCUGCUCGUGAGCACAAGCGCGAUCGAGCUUGCGGCCGAGACAGUCAAGAUGAUUCUGAGGAUAGACGACAUUGCUUUGACCCGAUAG